ACUUCCGGAGCAGGCGCCGGAGCGGGCACGGGCUGCUCCCCAGCCUCCGUGCCAGCCGGAGCGAGAACCGCGCGGCACGGGCUCUCGGGGCUUGCGGUCGGCCCGGCGCGGCCGAGCGGAAUCGAGAGAAUGCGGCCAGAGUUCCCGCCGGAGUACGAAUCCCGGCGCGCCCGGCCCUGGACGCACGCGCAUAGCAGCCCGCGGCCCUCCUUCUGCGCAGGCGCGGGAGCGUCCCACAGCGCCUCUGGAGCGGCUGGCUGGUCUGUCCGGCGUCGGAAACGGGCCGGACCCGAGUCUGGCCGUCUUCGCGCCUCCCCAGUGACACAGAGGCAGGGUGGCCGUGGCCGUGGGGCAGACCAGCCCGGGAGCCAGAUGAGCAGAGAGGUCUGUGUGCACUCCUGGCCUUGCUCCUACUACUUAGAACCGGAGAAGCGAUGGGUUCCUGGAAAGCUUUCGUUAACUUCUCACUCCCUGAGAUUUACAACUGAUAAAACCGGGGAGGCCCUGGUCAGCUUCCCCCUGUCUAGUGUGAUUGAGAUCAAGAAGGAGGCUUCUCACUUUGUCUUCAGUUCUAUCACCGUCCUGGAGAAGGACCACCUCAAGCACUGGUUCAGCUCCUUGCAGCCCAGUCGGAAUGCAGUCUUCACCAUCAUCGAGCAUUUCUGGAGAGAGCUGCUGCUGUCUCCAUCGGAAGCACCGCUCCCUGUGACCAAGGGGAAGCAGCUGACUGGUCUGAUGGCCUGUUCCCAGAAGCGCCUGGAAGAGACAGCCCGAGUCCUCCACCAUCAGGGCGAGCAGCUGGACAGCAUCACCAAGGGCCUGGACAAGAUGGAAUCUGACCUGGACGUGGCUGACAGGUUGCUGACGGAGCUGGAGUCCCCUUCUUGGUGGCCCUUUAGCUCCAAGCUUUGGAAGAUGCCAGCAGAAACAAAGCCCAAGGGGGGCGCCUCAACGGCUAGUCCCAAAGCUCUUGGAAAAGAAGGGGUAGUGGUCCGAAUUCCUGCUGUUAUCUCCCAGGGAACAGCAUCUCAUGUUAAAGCAGGAUGUCUCACCAUCCUUGUGUCCGGGUUGGAAAUCCAUGACUCGAGUUCUUUGCUCAUGCACAGAUUUGAAAGAGAAGAUAUAGAUGACAUUACGGUUCACACACCUUAUGAAAUUAGCAUCCCACGGUUCAUCGGGAAGCCAGACAUAGCUUAUCGCCUGAUAUCGGCCAAGAUGCCCGAGGCUGUCCCCAUUUUGGAGGUGCAGUUCAGCAAGAAGAUGGAGUUGUUAGAAGGUGGCUUGACACCCGGAAGUGCCAGCACGUCUUCCCCAGCAGAGAAGGGCUGCUAUGUCUGGCAGGCGGCGUCGGGGCUGAUGGACCACGCCAUGCACCGCGAGCCCUGCUCGGGAAGCCAGGAGGGCCAGCCGCUUCCGCUGCAGAUGAGUGAGCCGCUGGUUUCUGAGGGGGACGCCCAGGAACUGAGACAGAUCCUGAGGAAGCUGAAGAGUCUCGCCCUGGACACUGAGAAGGAGCUGGAGAGGCAGGACGAGGCCCUGGACGGCAUCACUGCGGCCGUCGAUCGGACCACCUUAACCAUCGACAAGCAUAACCGACGUGCCAAAAAACUGACCUAGGACAGAAGAGCAGAGAGGUGUAAAAGGGCCAUUUAAAUCCCUAUGACAGAAAUGUGCUGAUUUCUGAGUCUGUGCACCUGAACCCUGCAUCCUGUGUCAGCAGAACCCCUUCCCUAGGACCAUAGACAGGCCCGAGCCUGUUCCCCUCUGCAGGCUGCUCUGCAUGGGCCCGUCCACAGUCACUUUGUUCUGUGACUUGUUUUGUUCUCUGACGGGCCUGUUUCUUUUUGGUUGUACUGUGACUCCAGUUCCUCUCAAGGUCAUCCUGUGAACACUGGGAAUAUUCUUUUCACUGCCCAGUUCAUAGCCAAGUGUAAAAAUAAUACACACUGCACCUGUUUAAAAA